UAGCAAAAUUAUCCAAAAGCUAAAUAUUCUAAUAAGGAAUAAAGUUAAUGCAAAAUAAUUAAUGUUUUCCUUAAAUGCAAAAUCUGAUUUUACUUUGUUCCAUAGAACCAAGAAUGAACAGAACAUACAAGAUUAUACGGUGUGAUGAAUUUGGAAAUGAAUCAACAGUGAUGAUUAAUGUUACAACAGAGGAUGGAGAGAUUGAAGAUAAAGAGGCUCAGAUCAUCGCAUUAGACACUGUAAAACAAAUGGAGAAAAAUUCAGAAGAAAAUGCAAGAAUUGCACUGUUAGCAUUAGACAACAGUUGUGAGACAGAGGAAUUGUCAUUUGAUCAGACAACAGAUGAGAACACUGAAAAAAAGCAUGGAGCACUGUGGCAUAUUAAGAACACAUUUUCCCCGAAGAAAAAAUCACCUAUAGCUCAAGAGGAACAAGAACCCGAACAGGGAAUCUGGAACAGGUUAAAAAAGAAUUUAAAAAAAUCUCCCAGCCAAGUUGAAGCCACUACAUCCGAGGUACAUAUGUCACCAACAAAAAAGUUUAUGAAUGCAAUCAGCUCAUUAAAAAGUUCUGUAUCCGAUGCAAAAGAGGUUGAGGAGAAGGUUCAAAGGCAAGAUCUAAGCCAAGUGGGUGAAUUUGUUUCAAAAAGAAUGCAUACUGCCUACUACACUGAUGAUAAUGUGUACAAUUGGUCGUAUGGAGGUUAUGAAAAAGUAAUAGAAGUUAGAGAAAAGAGAGAUAGAGCCUCUGUUCCCUAUAUUGCUGCACAAAGUAAAAAAGAUGGAGGAAAGAUUUACACUUCGGAUAAGAGUGGAAAAUGCAUUCGUAUUUAUACCAGCGAUGGGACUUACUUACACAUGUUGAGCUGCAAAAAAGAACCGUUAAGUAUUGAAACGUAUCAAAAUGACAAACUGGUGUGUGCUCACCCUGAAAACCAUUGCUUUGAUUUGAUUGACAUGAUAGUCUCAAAGCAAGUGCAAUCCAUAAGCAACAGAAGCCUUAAGAAGCCAAGAGGGAUUGCCAUUAACUCACUGCGGGGUGAAGCAGUUGCAGUGACUGAUGUUGAAAAGCUAAAUAAAUGCUCAAUUAAAAUCUUUGACAUUAAAAGUGGUAAAUUAGCUCAAACCAUUGCUUUCAAAACACAUAGUGAGGUUGAUAAUGCUGGAUGGUGCGAGUUCAUCACGUAUGGAACUGAUGACAACAACUAUUUGUAUACGGUUGACUCUUGGAAGCAAAAAGUCAUGGUGUAUGAUGUGAGGUAUCCAGACACUACUGUACUGGAGUUUGGUGAAAAGGGUUCCGAGAAAGGAGAAUUUAGCAACCCAACUGGAAUUGGUUAUUUACCAACGGGAGGAGUAUGUGAUGUACCAUCCAUUGUUAUAGCAGAUUGGUAUAACGAUCGCAUUUCGUGUCAUGAUGCAAAGACUGGAGAAUUUUUACGCUACCUUAUGGUGGAUCAAGAUAUGGGUCCUUCUCCUGUUCUAAGUCCAUAUGAUUUGAAGGUCGGAGAAUCUGGAACAUUGUAUGUUAGUGAAUCUUCCACUAACUAUGUAAAAGUAUUUCGUUCUGAUAACAGCAAACAUGAGGUUAUUGAAGAAAGCAACUGACCCUCACCGAUUCCAAAACACAUGCAUGCGCUUUAUGCUUUAACUUGUAUUAUACUAGCCUGCAUAUUCAGACACACCAUUCUAAAUAGUUUUAUUGUAUACCAUUUCCCGCUCUCUACUUAGAUCACAGCCUCUGCAAACGUUACAAACGCAAUAGAACUUGUCUAGUUUA